CCCCUUACCUAUCAAAGCACCUCAGACAUGCAGGAGGAAGAAACAUACACCUCUCUUCAGUGGGAUAAUCCAACACCAAACCCUUACCAGAAACAUCUGUCUUCCACCAAAAAUUCAGGAACAUGGUGUCUUGUGACGGUGGUUUUAUGUAUCUUCUGCAUAGGCUCAUUAGCAACCUCCAUUUUCUUGGGUGUCAAGUUGUUCCAGGUGUCCACUACUGCAAUGAAGCAGCAAGAAAAACUCCUCCAACAGGACAGAGUACUGCUCAAUUUCACACAAUGGAAGAGAAACCAUGGCCUGCAGAUGAAAUAUUGCCAAAUGUUGAUGCAGAAGUCUUUCAGUUCAGCCCAUAACUGCAGCCCUUGUCCAGACAACUGGAUUCGCAAUGGAGAAAGUUGUUACCAUGUCUCUGAAAUCUGGAAAAUUUGGUGCACCAGUGGAGAGUAUUGUUUGAAGGAGGGAUCUAAGCUUCUACAAAUAGACAGCAAAGAAGAAAUGGACUUUAUCACUGGCAGCCUGAGAGAGAUCAAAAGAAACUAUGAUUACUGGGUAGGACUGUCUCAGGAUGGGUCCAGCCAACCUUGGCUUUGGCAAGACGGCUCCUCUCCUUCCCCUGAUCUGUCACCAAUACAGGGACCCCAAUCAACUAACCAGGUCUGUGGAUACCUCAGAAACAACAGCCUUUCUUCCGCUAACUGCAGCGUUUGGAAAUAUUUCAUCUGUGAGAAAUACGCAUUAAGAUCUUCUAUCUGA